AUGAAGGAGCUUGAGUGUAAGGAGGGUUUCCAAGGGAGCGUCGGUGGGGAGGAAGAGGUGUCUGUGGAAGCAAGGGUGUCGGUAGCGGUGUUGCUGGCGGCCAGCGGGGUGUGUGCAGCCCCCGCCGCCCCCCCGCCGCCGCUUUGCAUAGGAGCACGGCUGUCCCCGGCCCCCGCCCUCCAUAUAAGCGGCCGGGACGGCGGCGGCCGCACCGUCCCGGCCAUGCUGCAGAGCCCGGCGUGCCCCCGGCCCGGGCCGCCGCCCUCCAAGACCCCGUUCCACAUCGAAGCGCUGCUGGCCCGGGAGCCGCCGCGCCGCGGCCCCGCCGCCCCCGCUGUGCAGGGAGCUCUGCAGCGCAAUCACCUGGGCCUGGAGUCACGGUGGCUGGGCUUGGAAGGGAUUUUCAAGGACCUGCCCUGCAGUCUGGAAUUGUCUCACUGUGUGGGGACCACCCCGCUGGGUCCUGCUGGGCCUUGGAGGUCAGGGGGACCCUGCAAGAUGAAGAGAGUGCGCACGGUGUUCAAACCAGAGCAGCUGGAGAGGCUGGAGCAGGAGUUCCUCAAGCAGCAGUACAUGGUGGGCACAGAGAGGGUGGACCUGGCUGCAACUCUGCAUCUCACAGAGACCCAGGUCAAAGUGUGGUUCCAGAACCGGAGGAUCAAGUGGAGGAAGCAGAGCAUGGAGCAGAAGGCAGCAAAGCUGUCUCAGUUCGGGGUGAUCCAGCCUGCGAGCGCCGACUCCACUGACAGCAAGGAGCACGAGGAGGACCCCGUGGACGUGGAGCUUUGA